AUAAAUAUGUCCCUGUAUUUUUGAGAUGAAACAGAUUACUAUACAUUUGGAUAUAAGGAGAAUAAAACACAAAGUUUCUUUGGAUGCCUGUUCCUGAUACUCUGACUGUGAUUGGCUGGCACACACUGUGUGAUCUCCCAUUUGAAGAACACUGGGAAUUGCAGUCCUGCUGGUGUAUCUGUCUCUGUUUUCAUCUGGCUACAUUACUGCAAAUCCCAGAAUCCUCAGACUGAUAACACUCAACAUCACUUCCUCUUAAAAUCCUAUUUGACUGCAAGGUCUCAUACUUGCAGUUUCUGAGUCUAACAAGAUGAAAAAGCAAAAGAAGCACCUGACCGAGCGGAUCCUUAAUCAUGCCCUGGGCAUCAUCUAUUUGCUUACAGGAGAGGAAUAUGUGAUAGUGAAGAAGAAUUCUCCUCACAGCGCCACCCACCUGCUGACCGGAGAGGUGCCUAUAAAAUGUGGGGAUGUCUCAAUCUAUUUCUCUAUGGAGGAGUGGGAUUUUAUAGAGGAGAAUAAGGACCUAUACCAAGAAGUGACGUUGAAGAAUCAAAAGAUAUUUCGCUCUUCUGGAAAUCUGGAAGAUAUUAACCUAGAUGGCCAUAAUAUGUUUGACACAGUAUCACUUGUUGAGGAAGAAAUGGAUGGAAAACAGAACGGCAGUCAAGAGAUAGACAUCUGUGCAGACAUUUUUAUGGACAACCUGCGCACUGCAUCACAUAGUGAGAAAGUACAUUGGGAGACAAAUGAAAAUGACAUUCUACAAGUAGAAAUUGAUUCAGACACCUAUUCCGGUGAAUAUUACCCUAACCAUGUAUCUGAUGAUGGGCAAGCAGAGGUGUUUGCGAGGCGUUGUGAGCAGGAACUUCAUGGUGAUACCUGGACAGUGCAUCCUGUUCCACCUGAUGGAUCCGUAGAUGGAAGUAUUUUAAAAGACCCUUAUAAUGUGACCUGCUCACCACACGAGUCAGCGGAGCAUGAGAUCAGUUUUUUUCAUAGGCUCCAAGGUGAAAGCUCACCUGACAAACCACCCUUCUAUGAGAUAGGCAAUCUCACAUAUACAUCUGCUUCUGAAGAAUGUGAACAAAGCACUCUCCUUCUCAGCGAGGGCGUUGACAUUAUUGACCAUGAUAAGCCAGAGGGAAACAAGCAGCAGAAGAUGACAAAUGUUAGAAAGUGGCCUAAAAGAGUUAGUAAAUUAUCUUCUCGUGCCGAUGACCAAAAAACCCAAGUAGAGGAUAAGUCGCAUCACUGUAAUCAGUGUGGGAAACACUUUGAUUACAAAUCCAACCUUAUCAGGCACCAGAGAACUCACACAGGUGAAAAACCAUAUGCCUGUGAUGAUUGCGGAAAGCGCUAUGCUACCAAGUCUCAUCUAACUAUCCACAGGAGGACACACCUCAGCGAGAAGCCUCACCGAUGCGACGAGUGUGGGAAACACUUUACGUACAAGUCCCAAAUUGCAAUGCACCAAAGAACGCACACUGGAGAGAAGCCACAUACCUGCAACCUGUGUGGGAAGAACUUUGCUUACAAAUCAUACCUGAUCAUUCAUCAGAGGAUACACUCAGGGGAGCGGCCCCACGUCUGCCCACAGUGCGGGAAAGGCUUCACGGACAAGUCCAACCUCCGCAAGCACCAGAACACUCACGUAGAACGCAAGCCAUAUGACUGCCGGGAGUGUGGCAAACAUUUCAAUUCAAAAUAUAGUCUGACUACACAUCAGAGAACGCAUCUGGCAUCAAAGACUAAAUAAUAUGACCCAAUAGAAAUGCUUUAAGCUGACCGGUCACAUAGCACAGUGGAGGCUGCCAUGCUGUGCAACUAAUGAUGUCUCAACUGAACACUGAUUCAGCCCAGUUAUUGCCAGCCUUCACUGUAUGUUUUUGACAGGUUCAUCUUAAAAAUCACAAAAUGGACAGAUGGCUUGUCAAGUAAGUUCAAGGAAGAGUUUGGCACUGCAUUGUCCCUUAAGAGUUUGUAUUUAUCAAAUGUUGUUGAAGGAAACUCAGAUGUAGUAAUCAGUGCUUUAUUUCAUGUGCUGUAAAGCAUCAGUCAGAGCACCAAAUUCUGGAGAGGUUCUUCACAUGUAUGCUAGUUAGGUUUGUAAAUUGGUGACUUGUAAGUCCUACAUGUCUGGGUUCUAUCUGAAGUAUGCCUACGACAAUACCCAAUGGCAGUGCUGAACUAAUCCUAGAGCCAUGCAACACAGAAUAGUACUUUGCGCAUCUAAGUUUUAGUAUUACUCAUAUUUAUAUAGUGUUAACAUAUUAUACAGCUCUACAGAGAAUGUUUGUUCAUCUAGAUCAGUUUCUACCCUGGGGGAGCUUGGAAUUUCACUACCACAGACACUAAGGGGAUGAUUCGGAGUCUCAUAAAGCAGCGCAAGUGGCUGCAUCUUUUGCCUGUCACACUUCUGCGACUUUAUGCAAAAGAGUCGACAAACCCUUCCUUGGUGUACAGCGUCUGAAUGUACAAGGCUGAGACACACACUUUGAGCACCUUUAGAUGCUGCAAUCAUGCUGGGAGUUUAGUAGACGCAACCAUCGGUCACACCAUUGAAACUUGCACCUGCCCCAUGCUAGGUGCAGAUUCUAUGUGUGAAUGGUUGUGCAACCACUUUAGUGACACCCCUGCAACUUUGCCAUAACACGAACAUAACCUGGACUAUCUUUUUGUGUCCACUCAGCCAUGUCCCAGCCACUGCUCAGGAGCGCCCAAUACAUUUUCAAGAAGUUUCUGAGACCGUGACUCUCAAUUGCAACUGCAACUCUGUGCGCACGGAAUCUGGAUGCAAAACAGUGCAACAUAGAAAAUGGCAAUGCAUCCGACUCAGAAGCAGACCAUAAGCUCAUUGAAAGCCAAUGAUUUGUAUUUGUGACAAUUAUCUAUUGUUUGACUGAUUAGGUGGAUCUUAGGUCUGGCUGCUAAUUCAAUAGAAAUCUAUUAAAACGCUUAAUAGUAUUGCUGUUUUAAAUUCUACAAACAAAAACUAAAUCGUCAACUUUGAAAAAAUGCUGUUUAGUAAAUAUACCACUUAAGAGUCUGAAAGUACAUAUCUUGUCUGCAUAAAAUACCUUAGAGAUUUCACUUAAUUGACAGGCUUUUUUUUCAAGGGUAUGGUAGAACCCAUACAAUGGCUGCCUCUAGUCAAGUUGUGUCUGAUUGCAGCUUUUCAACUUCUUCCAGAACAAAGUUAGCUCAGCUGGACUCUUCUGAAGACUAAUACCCCUUUCAAACAUAAGCAAAAACCUGGGAAUUUGCCAGAGCACGAUGAGUCUACCCAAGUCCUGCUUAUGUCUGAAAGGGUCAGACCUGGGUUGACAGUCCUAGGUCCGUGACCCUUGGUUAUUUCCGGGACAUGCAACCUGGGUCACUGUUCCAGCUGUGAAAGGUAUUACCCAGGUCUUGAUGACCUGGGUCAUGGCUAAAAAGAGUUGCGGCCACAUUAGCACUUGGAGAUAACAUUAUCUCCAAGCAUCCACUUCAAGGAGGAAGACCCGGGUCACUGGAAGACCCAGGUCCGGUGUGAAGUGUUACAACCAGGGAAUAACCUGGAUCCAUUAAUCAGAUGUGAACGUGGGUAAAUACUGAAACUCCGGGUUCAAGCGGUGUUCUGUGACCAGGGUCUGCACUGGGUUAAAGCAGGGGUUUAUAUCUGAAAGAGGUAUAAAUCAGAUUUGGUAAUGAUUAUGUGGGAAACAUUAGGCAGUAGUAUUGCCCUAUACAAAUAAGUAUUGUUGUCUGUUGGCAUAAUUUCUGGCUUAUUUUUAAUGAAAAGCCCCAGAUUGCCAGCCCAAACCACAUAGAAGUAUUCAGGAAAGACAACACAAGGCAGUCAGUUAAGGUGGGUACACACUGGUAGACGUAUCUGCAGAUUAAUGGAUCUGCAUAUAUAUCUAUAGGUGGAUCGGGCAGUAUGUUGUGCAUACACACUGCCCGAUCCGUUGUGACUGACGCCACAAACUGAACAGGCAUUUACAUGCACCCGCCCAUUUGAGCCGUCAAUCACUGCCGGCUUGUGCAGGAAGUUUACGGGAGGUCGGCUGACCGCCCGUACACACAGAACGAUGCACCAAUAUACCUGUAGAUAUAGAUAUACCUGUAGAUAUAUUGGUCAUCAUGUGUGCUGCAGGGCUUACGCCAGGCAUGUCCAAACUGCGGCCCUCCAGCUGUUGUGAAACUACAUAUCCCAGCAUGCC